AUGGAGAAGACACAGCCCGCCUACGUGGAGGAGGCAGGGAAUGGAGCACAUACGCCCCUCGAGGGUGCUCUGACGGAGCAGCACCAGGCAUACCUUUUACAGCGCCAUGGGACGCUGGAUCUCGACCCCUUGCCGAGCAUGGACCCGGCCGAUCCAUACAAUUGGCCUUUGUGGAAGAAAGCAACAAACCUAGCCCUUGUCGCCUUCCACGCCUGCAUGGGCACCUUUACAGCGGCCGCGAUCAUCCCAGCCUACACAGAAAUUGCCGAGGCGGUCCAUGUCUCCAUCCAGCGCGUCUCCUAUCUCACUUCGCUUCAGAUCGCCAUCCUCGGCGCCGCGCCGCUGCUCUGGAAACCCUUAUCCCAUCGUUUCGGCCGCCGCCCGAUCUUCCUCAUGUCUCUAGCGCUCAGCUGUGUCUGUAACAUUGGCUGCGCAAAGAGCCCCGACUAUGCGUCCAUGGCUGCGUGCCGCGCGCUGGUGGCGUUCUUUAUCUCUCCGGCCAUGGCUCUCGGGAGUGCGGUCGUGAUGGAGACAUUCUUCACGCAGCAACGGGCGAUGUAUAUGGGAGUCUGGACUGUAAUGGUGACCCUGGGGGUGCCGAUUGGCCCGUUUAUCUUUGGCUUCGUGGCGGAACGGGUCGGGUUUGUCUGGAUCUACUGGGUGCUGGCUAUUACUAACGGCAUUCAAUUCAUCCUCUAUGUCUUUUUCGGCCCCGAAACCCGCUACACAGGCCCUUCGGCCUCCCCAGUCAAACACCAGUAUCUGAACCUAGCUCGCAUCGACUCGACCCCUUUCACGCUGGCUGAGUUCUUCCGUCCGUUGUCGCUGUUCGCCAAUAUUCCUGUUCUGCUAUCCGCAGUCGCCUACAGCAUGGUCUUCCUCUUCGCCUCCGUGCUCAACUCGGUCGAAGUCCCACAACUCCUGCAAGAGAAAUUCGCCCUCAACGCGCAGCAACUCGGCCUCCAGUUCCUCGGGCUCAUCAUCGGCUCCCUCCUCGGCGAACAGAUGGGCGGUGUCAUGUCUGAUCUCUGGAUGAGCCGCGCAGGACACUUCAUGCACAGAACCAAAAAUGCCGGCCGUCCCCCACCCGAGUUCCGUCUCUGGCUCAGCUACUUCGGGUACCUGGUUACUAUUGCCGGCAUGGUUGUCUUUCUCGUCUGCACUGAGCAUUCCCCCGAGGGACAGUGGCGGGUCGCGCCCAUUGUAGGGACUGGGGUUGGGGCGUUCGGGAACCAAGUUGUUACAACCGUGUUGACGACGUAUGCGGUCGACACCUAUCCGCAAGAUGCCGGUGGUGUAGGGGUCUUUAUCAAUUUUGUUCGGUCGACGUGGGGGUUUAUCGGUCCGUUUUGGUUCCCGUCGAUGUUUGAGAGCGUGGGCGUUGCAAAGAGCUCGGGGGUCGUGACGGCGCUGAUUGUCGGGUGUAGCUUUGCGCCGACGUAUAUCCGCAGCUUCCUUCAGAGUUUCCUCGGUAUGCCUCCAGACAGCUCUAUCAGCCCCCUCCCCCAAGUACUCCCGCAGAACCGCCGACGUAGCCCUAGCAUUGCCCUUCCAAUUCAGAAGAUACGCACCACCCCCCCUCACCCUGUCUAUCCGGGUUGCCGUGUCCACGUCUUCUUUCCCAUUGCCCUCCUUAACCGGAUACAGGCGCAAGCAUAG